AUGACCACCCUAAAACUAGGCCAAUCCCUCAAAGGCAAAAUAAACACCUAUACCAUCACCAAAAAGCUCCACGACAGUAUAUGGCUCGCAAACAACCUAACCAACCAACCCUUUAUAAUAAAAAAUCCCCACCAAGCACGCAUCAACAACGAGAGAGCCGUAUUAAAGCAAUUCCAAACCCGAACUCCUUACCUCCGCCCCUUGAUCGACGAAAUCAUCGACCCACCUGCUCUUGUACUCCGACAUCUAGACGAUGACCUUAUGUCUGCUUCGGCAUCUCAGAGACUCACAACCUCAGAGAUAAAAUACGUCUCGAAGAAAGUACUCCAAGCUUUGGCUGUACUGCAUGAUGAUGGUUAUGUGCAUACGGUAGAUGUGAAACUAGACAAUAUUCUAGUGAACUAUGGGUCGGACGGACAGCGAUUCACCGAUAUCCAACUCUGCGAUCUAGAAAACACAGUGCACGUCGAGCAUAAAUUCUGCAAAGACCGCGAAUGUAUUGGUGCUCCUGUCUGGCGCAGCCCAGAAGCCCAGUUGGGUCUUCAGUGGGGUCCACCUACUGAUAUUUGGUCGUUUGGGACGAUGGUAAUAUCCCUCAUCUGGGGCGACAACUUCUUCAUCUUCAAGCCCGACGUGCCACGGGGACAUGAGGAAUAUGAGCUGAAGAUUCUCACCAAAUACUAUGUCUUUUUUGGCCCGUAUCCGCCUUCGUAUGUGGAUCUGGCGGAUGAUGAGACGUUGGCCAUUCUGUCUUAUGUUAUGGAUAAUGUUCCGGCUGAGAAGAGGAAGCCGUUUUCGAGGGCUGGUCGGCAAGAAAUCUCGGUGGAGGAUAGGGAGUUUGUGUGUAAGAUUAUGAGGAUGGAUCCGAGGGAUAGACCGACUGCGAGGGAGCUUCUGGGGGAUAAAUGGUUCCAGAUGUUACCAAAUCUUCGUGCGUACGCUUAA